GGUCCGGUGUGGAAGCGGGGCCCCGGCGGCUCCGCACUCAGGCCGGCAGCGGCGAUGGCCUCGGCGGCUCUGGAGAGCUUUGUGACCAAGCAGUUGGACCUGCUGGAGCUCGAGAGAGACGCGGAGGUGGAGGAACGCAGGUCCUGGCAGGAGAACAUCUCUCUGAAAGAGCUCCAGAGCCGAGGCGUGUGUUUGCUGAAGCUACAGGUGUCAAGCCAGAGCACUGGGCUGUAUGGAAGGCUGCUGGUCACCUUUGAGCCCAGGAGAUGCGGGUCUGCAGCAGUUCUUCCUAGUAACAGUUUUACUUCUGGCGACAUAGUGGGUCUGUAUGAUGCUGCUAGCGAAGGCGGUCAGCUGGCCACUGGCAUCCUGACCCGCAUAACCCAGAAGUCGGCCUCGGUGGCCUUUGAUGAGUCCCAUGAUUUCCAGUUGAACUUGGACCAAGAGAAUUCCUACAGGCUGUUAAAACUUGCCAAUGAUGUCACUUAUAAGAGACUGAAAAAAGCCCUGAUUGCACUAAAGAAGUAUCAUUCUGGCCCUGCGUCCCUGCUCAUAGAGGUCCUCUUCGGCGCUUCGGCCCCCAGUCCUGCUAGUGAAAUAGGCCCAGUAACGUUCUGUAACGCCUCCCUAGACGCCUCCCAGAAAGAAGCAGUUUCUUUUGCACUGUCCCAGAAGGAACUUGCCAUCAUCCAUGGGCCUCCUGGCACUGGGAAAACCACAACGGUGGUGGAAAUAAUUCUUCAAACUGUGAAGCAAGGCUUAAAGGUCCUGUGCUGCGCUCCCUCUAACAUCGCAGUGGACAACUUGGUCGAGCGCCUGGCUCAGUGUAAGCAGCGGAUUCUACGCCUUGGGCACCCCUCCCGGAUCCUGGAGUCCAUUCAGCAGUAUUCCCUGGAUGCAGUUUUAGCACGGAGUGACAGCGCCCAGAUUGUCGCAGAGAUCAGGAAGGACAUCGAUCAGGUCUUUGUGAAAAACAAAAAGACCCAGGAUAAGAGAGAAAAAGGUAAUUUUCGAGAUGAAAUUAAGCUAUUAAGAAAAGAACUGAAGGAGAGGGAAGAAGCAGCAAUGCUGGAAAGCCUCGUGUCAGCAAAGGUGGUCCUUGCGACAAACACCGCUCUGUGGUUAUCCUGUCGCUUGCUCCAGUGUUCACCUCUGCCUCAGAGAGUUGUGAUGUUCCACGGUGGCCUGCGAUUGUCUUCGACAAACACCACCAGGGAGAAGGCCAUUUGCUCUGUGUCAGGUGCAUCUUCCGACGGCCCUCUGAAGCUGCUGCCUGAGAGCUACUUCGAUGUGGUGGUUAUCGACGAGUGUGCCCAGGCCCUUGAGGCGAGCUGCUGGAUCCCUCUGCUGAAGGCCAGAAAGUGCAUCCUGGCUGGAGACCACCAGCAGCUGCCCCCCACCACCAUCUCGCACAAGGCUGCGCUGGCAGGGCUGUCCCGCAGCCUCAUGGAGCGCCUGGCUGAGGAGCAUGGCGCAAGUGUGGUGCGGAUGCUAACCGUGCAGUACCGCAUGCACCAGGCCAUCAUGCGCUGGGCCUCUGAGGCCAUGUACCACGGGCAGCUCAUGGCCCACCCCUCUGUGGCAGAGCACCUCCUGAGGGACCUCCCAGGCGUGGCAGCCACAGAGGAGACAAGCAUGCCUCUGCUCCUGGUGGACACUGCUGGCUGCGGGCUGUUCGAGCUGGAAGAGGAGGACGACCAGUCGAGGGGCAACCCUGGUGAAGUCCGUCUCGUUACUUUGCACGUCCGGGCUCUGGUGGAUGCUGGUGUCCAAGCAAGUGACAUCGCUGUCAUCACGCCGUACAACCUUCAGGUGGACCUGCUCAGGCAGAGCCUUGCGUGUCGGCACCCCCAGCUGGAAAUUAAGUCUGUUGAUGGCUUCCAAGGUCGAGAGAAGGAGGCAGUGAUACUGUCCUUCGUCAGGUCCAACAGGAAAGGUGAAGUUGGUUUUCUUGCUGAGGACCGGAGGAUCAACGUGGCUGUUACCCGUGCCCGGCGCCACGUGGCAGUCAUCUGCGAUUCCCACACCGUCAGCAACCACACGUUUUUGAAGACACUAGUGGAGUAUUUCUCACAGCAUGGGGAAGUGCGCACAGCCUUUGAGUAUCUUGAUGACAUCGUCCCUGAAAACUACUCCCACAAGCGUUCCCAGGGCCACAGCCAGGCUGCUAUGAGGUCCCAGCUUCCUGCUGCAUCUGCGAAGAGCCCUCCUGGAAGCCAGCGACAGGAGGGAGCCUGGGAGGCCAGAGAAGCUGCUCGGCAUGACCGGAAGAAGCCAUGUGGGAAGCCUUCAGGCUCAGAAGCCCAUUCGCAACCCAGCCUCAACAAGGGCAGCUUAGAGAGAGCAGAGAACAGGGGCAGUGUGGACCACUUCAGGGCCAUGAUAGUGGAGUUCCUGGCCAGUGAGAAGAUGCAAUUGGAGUUUCCUGCUUCCCUGAAUUCCCAUGACAGGCUCCGGGUCCACCAGAUAGCUGAGGAGUACGGGCUGAAGCAUGACAGUGCCGGAGAAGGGAAACAGAGAUUCAUCACCGUGAGCAAGAGGGCCCCAGCUCCCCCUGCUCCCCUGGCUCCCCUGGCUUCCCCGGCUCCCACAGCUUCCACAGCUCCUCUGGCUCUCUCGGCUUCCGCAGCUCCCUCAGCUCUCCCGGCUUCCACAGUUCCCUCACCACCCGCUGCAGGGGCCAGUGGCCAAGCUCCUCUCCAGCCAGUGCCCUCCAGCCCUGUGCAGACACAGAGCCCCCCCAGGGGGCAGCAGGGCCAGGGCCAGCUAGACCUGAAGGCGCUACACCUGGAAAGGCUGCAGAGGGAGCAGGCUGGUCAGGGACAGCCAGCCAGGAAGGGACAGCAGGCCACAAGCUCGGGGCCACAGAAGCUUCCAGAAAAGAAAAAGAAAAGAGAAGUAAAAGCCACAGAUCUGCCCACAGAGGACUUUGAUGCCCUGAUUUCUGCUGCCAUGAAGGCUGAUAACACCUGUGGCUUUGCGAAGUGCACAGCCAGUGUUGCGACCCUCGGCCAGUUCUGCCAGCUCUGUGGUCGCCGCUACUGCUUCAGCCACCACCUGCCCGAGAUCCACGGCUGUGGUGAGAGGGCUCACAUCCAUGCCCGACAGAGAAUCAGCCGGGAAGGGGUCCUCCACGCUGGCAGUGGGACCAAGGACAGGUCCCUGGACCCAGCCAAGAGGGCCCAGCUCCAGAGAAGACUGGAUAAGAAGCUGGGUGCCUGCAGUGACACCCACCCUGGCCAGGGUGGCACGUGCAGCUCUCAUUGUUCUGCUUCUCCUGAGUCUAGGGGCCCCUGCCCUCUGCUAGCUCUUCCUCCGUGCUCAGUUUGGGGACCAAGUGACCGUCCUGGGAAAGAGCUGCCCCACAGCCCUCGAAACUUGUCUAGGGCUCUCUGCCAGCCGUUCUGUUUAAGAGAACUUCAGAUGGAUAUAUUUUUGCCCCAGGUUUUUGUUUUCUGCCAAAGGGAUAUAAAUUAUUUAAAAAUUAAAUAAAGGCUUGGCGCCUGUAGCUCAAGUGGCUAAAAGGUGCCAGCCACAUACACCAGAGCUGGCAGGUUCAAAUCCAGCCCAGGCCUGCCAAACAACAAGGACAACUACAACCAAAAAAUAGCCGGGCGUUGUGGCGGGCGCCUGUAGUCCCAGUUACUUGGGAAGCUGAGGCAAGAGAAUCGCUUAAGCCCAGGAAUUGGAGGUUGCUGUGAGCUGUGAUGCUACAGCACUCUACCCAGGGGCGACAGCUUAAGGCUCUGUCUCAAAAAAAGAAAUAAAAAAAUAAAAAUUAAAUAAAAAUGUAUGCACACUGUCCACAGUAUGUUUGCUGUGUGUUUCAAGUGAACAUUCCAGAGUGUCCCGCCCCUCCCCAUGGCAGACAUUCCUGGCACAGACUGUUGCCCACUCUCCCUAAAUCCCACUUAUGCCCCAUUUAUUGACAUUUAUGGAUGUUAUGGACGUGGCGGCCUUCAGAGUGCAAGCAGCCUCCCUGACCUGCACCCAGGGGGCUGUCCCCUGAUGCCAUUUAUCACAUCUGUAUUGAGAGGGUCCUGCAGGACACACCUGCACAAAAUGCUAGGCCCACACGCCUUGUCCACUCUGCCCUUCCCAGUGCUGGGCCACCCUCGCCCCCUCCCUGCCUGGUCUGACACCCCACGCUGGGCCACCAGGCCCCCCCUUUCCCUCUCUCUCCCAUCAAGUGGCUUUGGGACAGUGUUGGGGCAGGGGCAGGUCUGACGCUGCAGUUCAUAGUUAAGUGCUACAC